AUGUCGAUUCCUACGAAAAUGAAAGCGGUCCUAUUGCAAGAUUUUGGUGAUUUUGAGAAAAUGUAUAUUGGUGAAACUGCUGUACCGAAGAUAAAAGAUGAUGAAGUGUUAGUUAAAGUUCAUGCGUUUGGUGUGAAUCGAGCCGAUACAAUGCAACGCAAAGGUCAAUAUCCGCCACCACCCGGUGUGACUGAUAUCAUGGGAUUAGAAGCUUCGGGAGAAAUUGUCGAGGUUGGUAGUGAAGCAACAGGAAAAUGGCAGAAUGGUGACAAAGUUAUGGUUUUAGUAGCUGGUGGCGGCUACGCAGAAUAUGUUGCUGUACACACAGGUUCAGUGAUGAAAAUUCCUGACGGAAUAUCAAUGAUCGACGCUGCUGGUAUUCCUGAAACGUUUCUAACUGCCUACCAAGGUUUACGAUUUGUUGGUCAUAUUAAAAAGCAUGACCUUGUGUUGAUCCAUGCCGGUGCAAGCGGUGUUGGCACCGCAGCCAUUCAGCUGGCAAAAUUCUUCGGUGCAAAAGUAGCAACCACAGCUGGUACGAAUGAAAAGAUUGCUUAUUGUAAAAAACUCGGUGCAGAUAAAGCCGUCAAUUAUAAACACGGACCGUGGGCUGGCACAAUGAAAGAAUUCGCACGAGAGCUUAAUAAAAAUGGAUUUGAUCUUAUUUAUGAAAGUAUUGGCAAAGAUUAUAUCGAAGCAAAUCAGGACGUAAUUGGUACAGAUGGACGCUGGGUUGUGUACAGUGCUCAAAGUGGAGCGAGUGCAGAUAAACUAUCAUUGGCAGUAUUAAUGAGAAAACGUUUAACGCUCUCCGGAACUGUUUUACGGGCUCGACCAAUUGAGUAUAAGACAAGUUUAGUCAAAGAAUUCGAAGUCGAAGCGCUGCCGGCUUUUGUGGACGGAAGAUUAAAAGUUAUUAUCGAUAAAACAUGGCCGAUGGAGAAGAUUAUAGAUGCACAUAAAUACAUGGAAGACAACUUAACCAUGGGAAAAAUACAUUUCAUUUCAAAUGAAUUGAAAGACAAUGGGAACUUAUGCGGAGAUAUUAUCAUCGGUGCAGUUCCAGCUGAAGAUGGUUGGUUGAAAGGAGAAUGUCGAGGCAUCGUAGGACUUUUCCCCGAUAAUUUCGUUACAUUACUGAAAAAGGAAAAAGCCAAAACACGAACGUUUGCAACCAAUCAAACUAACACGAAAAAUGAUACACUUCGAAGACGAGCGUUUACUACCAGCGAUACUCCUUCUCAAAACGGAACUCUCUUCCAAGUCAGAGCAGUCUAUACGUAUCUACCACUUCACGAUGAUGAAUUGUCCAUUGAACCAAACGAUAUUAUUAAUGUAACACGAACAGUCGAAGAGGGUUGGUAUGAAGGUCGAUUGAAUGGGAAACUUGGUCUAUUUCCGUCGAAUUACGUGACACGUAUUCAUGAUGAGCAAAAACUGAAAACGAACAAAUCCAAACAGGUCAAUGGUUUGAACGAAUUGGUCAGAAAUGAAGCGGCGAAGAAAAACAGUCCGAUCAAAGCUCGAGUUCUGUACGAUUACAAAGCGACAGCUGAUGACGAGCUAACAUUAGCAGCGGACGAUAUUGUAACAGUGCUCGACAAAAAUUUAGAAGACGAAGGAUGGUGGAAGGGCGAAAUUAAUGGACGUAUUGGGGUGUUUCCAGAUAAUUACGUUGAGGAAAUUCCAUCAUCAAUGACUCUCAAACAUCGACCUAAUACACCUGAAAAUCGAACCAAACAUCCGUCUCGGAUAUUAUCAAAAGCGACACCAACCAAUGGUUCAUCGCAUGAUUAUUCUAAUGAAGCUCAUCAUUCGACUAAGUCAUCAAUAAUCAGCGAAGACGAAGACAAUUUGUCACGAAAUCGCCCAGUUGACACAGAUUUCAAAGAGAAACAAAAUGAUAUGAAUAAACAAAAGUCUAUAUCUGUCAAACGACCGCCCUCAACUACACUAAGAAAAAUCGAUCACGAUGCCAACAAAUCAACAGACGAAGCAAAUUAUUUGCAAUCGACUGAUACGAAGAAUGAACAUAAAAUGCACACACCAUCGCCUCCUCCAUAUCAACGAGAACCAGGUCAACUGGAAUCACCUCGUUAUUCAAAUCGCUCACAUUCGUUAACUAGUACCGCAACUUCACUUUUAAAUGGAACCGCUGAUUCGCAUUCACCAGUAACAACAGUAGAGCAAAUGCAUAAAGAUUUCCUUAAGUUGAAGCAUUCGAUGGAUGAAAUGAAGUCUCAUUUUACUGAACAAAUUCGAGACUUAAUCACUGAAUUAGAUGAGGAGAAGAAAGCUCGUGCUACUUUACAAAUCGAAAUCGAACGCCUACAAAAACUUCUUCAAAAAUCAUCAACGUCGUCGAUCAAUUCUUAA